AUGCAACAAGAGACACGUCUGUUCCAGAACUUUGCUCUGGACGGCUACUGCAGCGCGGGGAGCAGCACGGUCUCCGCCUCUGGUCACGUGGGGGGCGGGGCUUCCAGCCUGGCGGGAUCCCUCGGCUCCUCCAGCGGCUUCGCGGAGAGCCCCUACGGCUACGGAAACGUCCGAGCUGUUCCGCCAUACAACGGACACACGCGGAACGCCAGUUGUGGAAGUCUCACCUCUGUCCACUCCCGCUCACGUCUGCAGGGGCUGACCAACAACAGCAACGGGCAAUCCACGCAUUUCAACGGACUCUUCAGCAGCAGCAGUAACGGAAACUUCGAGGGUUUGCUGAACGGGUACAGCCACGGACACCCGGAUUUGGGCUCGGCCACCAGGACUCACGUGGUGCGGAAACUGUUCCCGGACGGAGGAAGCAAUAAGGAGAACGACGCGGACAGCGUCAUGUCUAUCGACGGCUACUCGGGGAGGUCGCUGCUGGACGCCUUCUACAACAAGGAUAUCAAGUCCAAGCUGUCGGUGACGGCGGCGGCACGGCUGUCGGACGGCGACACGGCAAGUUUCAGCAGCGCGUGCAGUCUGUCCCCGCCCCAGCAGUCUGUGUUCCGAAACUCGUCCGGGUCUGACGCGUCCAUGAGAUCCUCCCCUCCCCAGCCCUCGCUGUUCCGGACUCCCCAGAUGUCCGGCUAUCAGGUUCCGGCCAGAACCUCCCCUCCUGGCUCCGUGUUCCGUCUGCCCUCCUCCUCCUCCUCCUCUUCCUCCUCCACGGCUGCUAUGACGGCUGGUGGCGGGGGAGGUGUGACCGGCAUGGGCACCGCGGAGGAUGGGUUCAAAACCUCCGAGCGUCUCUCUCCAUCCUCCGCCUCUCAGAACGGAGCAGAUUGUGACAGUUCCGGUGGUCGCUCUGACCGCCGCGACUCCGUGAGCACUGUGGGUGAGAGCGUGCUGGGUGAGGACCCGGGCACCGACCUGGCCCGGAAGCCGCUCUUUUACCAGUGCGACGAGUUCUACUUCAUCACGGACCCCGAGGACCACAUCUACCAGCACUACCCGGACGACCCGGCCUGGCAGCUACUCGAGGUUCCCAUCACCAUGUCCGAGUUCCUGGACCUCCCCGUGGUCAAGUCUCCGUUUUUCAACGCCGGUCUCAAGUUCGCAAGCCAUUAUGACUGUAAGCAGUACACCCACAAAGGGGAGGUCACCAUGCAGCUCAAGAUCCCGCGCCUGCUGACCUUUGGCUACACUCUGGUCCCCCGUGACAAGCGAGUGGUGAACCCCAACUCUCUGGAGGGCCGAGUGUUGCUGAGAAUCAUCGGUCACAAAGCCAUGUUCAGCAUCGCGCCCCCGAAGAGGGGACGCUACCACUUCACGAUUUACGUCAAGGACGAGAGCGGUUCAGAACUGCUCCAGAGCGCAUGCGCGUUUCAGAUCACGUGUCGCGAGGGGAGAGAGACGAUCAAGUCGCCGUACCCCAAAGUCUGCUUCUUCGGCCCCACGCAGAGCAUGGCCAACUACGGCCUCCUGCCUCAGACCCACAUCGACCCCCUGGUCUCCUACAACCACGACGACAUCAACUUCCAGUUCGCCGCCAGUCGUGCGGUGCGGCUCUCCUACUCCCUCACGUUUCACUGCCAGCGAGCCGACGCGAUAGACGCUGACCUACAACGAUACGCCUUCCUCCGACACCGAGACGACACCUCCAUGGCGCUACAAGUCCGCUGCCCUCAUGUAGGGAAGUAUGUCUUCUCCAUCUACGGAGCCAAAUCGGCGAACCCUGAGGAGCCAGACGGCCAGUACGAGUGUCUGUUCCGGUACCUGAUCGACAGCAAACAGAGCGCCACCAACAAGUCUCCUCUCCCCCGCGCCUGCCACCGAUGGUGCCACAGCCAGCUCCUGGAGCCUUUGCGCGGUGACCUCCCCGUCAGCUCACGGGUCACGUUCCGCGUGAGGGCGCCACUGGUGUGUGACAUGGCGCUGCUCAUGGGCGACGCCUGGUACCACUUCCGCCAACACCCGGACCACAUCUGGGAGGCGUGUCUCACCACCAGCCACACCCCCUGCGUCGCCAAACUCUACGCCCGGCUCAACAGGGAGACGGCUCGCUUCUCUCCCUUCCUCGAGUUUCAGAUCGUGGGUAAAGAGUCGUAGGAGCCAUGUUCCGUUGUGUUCUACCGAGAUUCUUAGGAGCCAUGUUCCGUUGUGUUAGAGACGAGAUUCUUAGAACGGUGUUUCAUUGUUACAGAGCAGGUUAUACUGAGAAUCGUGCUCUCAUUAUAAUGAGAUUCUUAGUAACUUAGUAACGAUGUUCCGUUGUGUUACAGACGGGGUUAUUAUACUGAGAUGUUUCAUUGAAGUAGAGAGCAGAUUAUUGUACUGAGCUGUUUCAUUGAAGUACCGAGCAGGUUGUACUGAGAUAAUCCAGUGUUUGUACGAUACACACUCCCAACAGCCAGUGUGUGCGUGAACUAUUGAGGUAUCGAGAACCAUGGCUGGUGCAUUGCUCAAUAAAGUCUGGUGAGGAGGAGUAGAAGGUCGGGGGCGAGGGAGGGAGAAGGGAGGGGGGUCGGGGUCCCAAAUCAUAUAGCAUGCUGUCAAAAAGAUUCUCAGAGAUUUGUUUUUCAGGUUGUGAAGAAUAUGAUGUUGUAGCAUAAUAAUAUGUAUAAUGACAGAUGAAAUGUGUCAUUGUUGUCCUCAGUCCAGCCACCUUCCAACCGAUGUUUAUCCCUCAAGUGUUAUGACGUUGGAAAUACGUUGUAAGAGUUGCACGACCCCAGCGACACAAUGUACAUCUUGAAGGAAUCGACCUUCGACCCUGUCUGUUGGGGCCAUCCCAGGCGGAUAAUGAUCCUCGAUAAAAACAAUGUCCUCACAUGGGAAUCGAACCCACGUCUUCUGCGUGCAACAACAAAACGUCUAACCUCAACACCAAAGACUCCGGGUUGGCUAUCAAGUGGAACCUUGCAGAAUGAUUCAGAAUCCUAGUGUCACCAUUCAUGUAUGAUAUUAUUGUUGGAAAUCAAUUUUACAGAAAAAAAAGGUUGUAACAGUUAUUGGCAGCAAACGUAAUCUUUGUGUUUUACUUUUACAACAACAAGUUUAUAUUAUUAAGCUGAACUUAAAAAUCUGAAGAAGAAUGUCUCUCUAUGCCACAACAGACUCGCUGGGAAACUUUGUCUCAAAACCAGAGCUGUUUUACAAUCGAUGUCUCCCCUGUUUUGGGGGGACUUUAUAGAAGAUCUACUUUGUAUAAUAUAUAUAUUAUUUCUGAAUUCUGUAACUAUCUAAGUGAAUACACAAACAUGAACUCAUGAAUAUUAAUGAUCUGUUCCCACCCUCUCAGGGAGAGUGACUGCGAUGUUGCACAAAAUCCCCAAUACUGCCC